GGCGAUGCCUGUCUCCAUGCCCGCGGCCGUGAAGCAGACAGCAGAGGCUGAGGACCAGGACGAUGUCAAUGUCAAUGUCCAGGAUGACUUGGAGAAGCAGAAGGCCAGUCACCAGGCCAGAAUCAACGGCAAUGCUGAAGCAGAGCUGGAGAACUACAUCAAAUUUGUGCCGGUUGUGACCCGGCAAGAUGUCAAGGCGGUCUUGGAUGCGCUCAACCCGGUGUUAAAUGGCAUGGUGAACAUGGGGCAGUCGGAGGUCUGCCUGUACUGGUUCGACAACUGCCAAUUGGCGGAGCCGUCCGAAGCGUACGCGUUGUCCCAUAACAUUUUCUCCCGCGCGUCACCAUUCAAGAAGGCCGAGUUCGCGUCGUUCGUCAAGACAUACCAGUCCAUGACCUCGCAGGCUCCCCCUGCGCAUGCCCUGGUUUGUUUCGAUGAAGGGAGCCCUGCAGCGAGCGGCUGUAUCAGUGCGGCCCUGAACAAGCUGAAGGACCACCAUCGAAUGGAGCUGGAUCUGCUCCCAACUCAGGCGCACCUGGAGAAGCGUGCCGCGUUCAAGAGUGGUGCUCA